AUGACUGGACGCGGCAAGGGCGGCAAGGGUCUUGGCAAGGGCGGUGCCAAGCGCCACAGAAAGAUUCUUCGUGACAACAUCCAGGGUAUUACUAAGCCCGCCAUCCGUCGUCUCGCUCGUCGUGGUGGUGUCAAGCGUAUCUCUGCUAUGAUCUACGAGGAGACCCGUGGUGUCCUCAAGUCCUUCCUCGAGGGUGUCAUCCGUGACGCCGUCACAUACACUGAGCACGCCAAGCGCAAGACCGUCACCUCGUUGGACGUUGUCUACGCUCUGAAGCGACAGGGCCGCACCCUGUACGGUUUCGGUGGUUAA